AUGGCACCUGCAUGCAGCAGCAGAAUCAACUCACUCCACGUGGCAGUAAUCGGAGCAGGAGCCGCGGGACUCGUAGCUGCACGCGAGCUACGCCGCGAGUCACACUCCGUCAUCAUCUACGAACGGGGCACACAAGUCGGAGGUCUCUGGGUAUACACACCACAAACCGAACCAGACCCGCUUAGCCUCGACCCGAACCGAACCAUAGUCCACUCGAGCGUCUACGACUCUCUCCGCACCAACCUCCCAAGAGAGUGCAUGGGUUACAGAGACUUCCCUUUCGUGCCACGAAACGAUGAAUCCAGAGACCCGAGAAGGUAUCCUAGUCACCAAGAAGUCCUCGCUUACCUUCAAGAGUUUUCGAGAGAGUUCAAUCUAGAAGAGAUGGUUAGGUUUGAGACUGAAGUGGUUUGUGUCGAGCCUGAACGGCAAAAAUGGAAGAUCCGUUCAAGAAGUUCCGAUGGGAUCUUGAAAGAUGAGAUCUUUGAUUCUGUUGUUGUUUGCAAUGGACACUAUACAGAGCCUAGAGUUGCUCAUGUUCCUGGCAUAGAUUCAUGGCCAGGCAAGCAGGUUCAUAGUCACAACUACCGAGUUCCUGAUCCUUUCAAAGACCAGGUGGUGGUAGUGAUAGGAAACUUUGCGAGUGGGUCAGAUAUAAGCAGGGACAUAACAGGAAUGGCCAAAGAAGUCCAUAUUGCGUCUAGAUCAAACCCAUCUGAGACAUACCAAAAGCUUCCCGGGUCCAACAAUCUAUGGCUUCACUCUAUGAUAGAAAGCGCACGCAGAGAUGGGUCGAUUAUUUUCAAGAAUGGUAAGGUUGUACAAGCUGAUACUAUUGUGCAUUGCACCGGUUACAAAUACCACUUCCCGUUUCUCAAUACUAAUGGCUAUAUCACUGUGGAGGAUAACUGUGUUGGACCGCUUUACAAACAUGUGUUUCCUCCUGCUCUUGCUCCAAGCCUUUCCUUCAUUGGCUUACCAUGGAUGACAUUGCAGUUCUUUAUGUUUGAGCUACAAAGCAAGUGGGUGGCAGCAGUUUUGUCCGGUCGUGUCACACUUCCUUCAGAAGACAAAAUGAUGGAAGAUGUCACCGCAUUCUAUGCAGAGCUUGAAGCUAACGGGAUUCCCAAGAGGUACACGCAUAGGCUUGGUGACUCUCAGGUUGAUUACCUCAACUGGAUAGCCGAGCAAGUUGGUGUACCACCUGUUGAAAAAUGGAGAGCUGAGGAAGUACAUGGCGGUUAUCUAAGACUUACCACACAAUCAGACACUUUCCGUGAUAAAUGGGAUGAUGAUCAUCUCAUUCUUGAGGCUUAUGAAGAUUUCUUGAGACAGAAGCUGAUUAGUGUUCUUCCUUGAUAAAUACUCCAUCUGUUUCCGUUUACAUGUUGUUGUAUUAAAAAAAAUUUGUUUCAAAAUAAAUGUCUUGUUUUAUAAUUUCAAUGCA